CGAAAAAAAAAUUUGAAAAUAAUAUCUUUCAGGGCGUUCUUUUUUUGUUUUUUUAUAUUUCAGUUUUUGGCAAACAUGUCGAAGUUACCGUUUGAAAUCCUGAAUAUUGUACACAGCCAUUUAGAUAAAGAAGAUGUUUUUCAAUGUGUUCUAGCUUGUAAAAGCUGGAAAAAAAGUGCAAUGUCAUUUUUCUACAAGGACCUGUCUAUCAAAAUCUGUGGAGCUUCUCCAAUAAAGAAACAGCUACAUUUGGAUCCCAUUGAACGCGAUCGUUACUUUCAACACGGCACUUCAACAAAAGAACUUGUUGUUUGUUCGGAUAAAGCUGAAAAUAACUUUAGGGGUAUCUUUUCAUCAGAAGAUACUGACAAUGAGUACACAAAAGAAGAAUGGCUCAUGCUUUUGAGAUAUCUGCCAAACAUACUAGUUCUGAAUUUAGUUGACAGUGGAAAUUCCGACAAAUAUCUGCAAUACAUCCUUGAUUCUGAUGAUUUUGAUAAGAUAUUGCCAAGAAUUAUGAAAAUUACACCGGUUGGUCGCGAGUCUUUAUCCGGUCCCUCCAUUGAACCUUCUGAAACUUAUUAUGCUGUCUGCUAUAAGUUUCGUAAAACUAUCACAAAAUUAAAUGUUGGAUACGAAACCCGGGAAUUUAAAAUGGGAUCUAUCAAAGGCAGAAUGCUCACCUUGUUAAAUGAAUUCACCAGCUUGACUCAUUUAGUAUUCAAUAACGAGUGUGAUGAACAGUUAACCACAUUCGACAUCAUGGAUGCUUGUCCUCAUUUGGUAUCACUAUCAUACUAUAGCGAGUACAAUAUUCCGGAUUCAGUUGUAGAAAAAAUUCUUGAUGAUGACUUGAGCCCUAAGAGAUUGAAUAAUAGCAUCAAAGAACUAAAGUUAUCGGUCCCAACCAUUCCCGAGCAUUAUGUCACUUACCUCAAGCAAUACCUUGCCUCGUAUAUGGAUGUCAUAAAACUAGACAUUCAUGAUAUAGAUGUUUUCGAUUGGGUGGAAAGAUUUGGACUUGAUAAUGCAGUGGAUUUUUUGCGCAGUUUGAGCAAGGUAAAAACAGCCACUAUCAAAUGGACACCUGAUAUGCACUACGAUAGACAAACAACCAGUACUGAAUCCGAACUCACAAUUAUGUAUACAUUACUCAACGCAAUGAGAAGAAAUGAAGAAGUAUACUGUGAGGUCCACUAUGAUGAUUUUCAAAGUGUAGACAAGUCUAUCAAGUUAGCUCCAGAUGGAAGCUUGUAUAUUGAUUAUGGUUUGAAGCAAUCGGACUAUUAUCACACGACAACAAUCGCUGAAGGGGAAUCAGACGAACAGCCGAGGAGUGUUAUUCAAUUUGUAAUGCCCAAUCGUUUAAUUUCAAAAAUAGGACCCGAAGUCAUUCAUAAUAUGGCAUUUAUUGUGGGCGACACAACUCCGGAUUUGCCGUUAGAGUUCUUACGAUACGCAUUGAACAAUUGCCCUCAUCUUCAGCAGUUUUAUUAUAGUUCAAUGUACAGACCAAGUCGUGGUAUAUUCAUUGGCAUUGACUUUGAAAAACAAUAUGACCUUGUUGCGGAGAGGAAUGAUUUAUCGCGUACAAUUCAAGAAAAUAUCAAGGUUGUAAAGCUUAGAAACAUGAUGCCAUCAAAUGAACUAUUGGAUCUAAUGAGAAUGUACAUGCCUGCAACAGAAGCCUUUAUAUGCAAGCUAGAUUGUAGCGGAUACUCGCCAAAUGAGCCAUUUGAAGCAGAUUUGACAGCAUUUGAACAGUUAAAUUUUGUUCUAUUAAGUGCCCGAUUGUUGUGCGGUAAAAACCAGAAUACUGCAUUUAUGGAAAUACAAUUCGUGGAUAAAGAUUGGGAAUAUUAUUGUCUGGAAAUAGAUGAUUUGACUGUAACUAAGACCACUUUGAAACAGAUGAAUGAACAGAUAAGCAGCAGAGGGAAUGAAGAUAUUCGAAAAGCUGUCAUUAAAUGCCACAAGCGUGUCAAAAUCGCUCUGUCCUCUGACUUUUCACUGAUUACUAUAAUAAGUAAUGGAGAAAUCAGCGUAUCAGACCGUUAUUAUUAAUGUAGCAGUGCCCUUGUUAUCAAACCCCCCCCCCCCCAUCUUGAUUGUGAAAUUUAUAAAUAAAACCUGUCC